CUUCACACCCAACCAAUACACAAUAACAAAACACACACACAUUUCACAUGUACAUAUAUACUUACAUACACAUAUAUAAUAAUAAUAAUAACUGAAUUCCGUUACCGAUCUCAAUGGUCAUGUCUCCACCUACAACCCCGACCUCAACAGCCGCCGCCGUUUCUCCGCCGUCAAAUUCUUCGGCCGCCGAUGACGCUUCCAAAAAGAUCAGAAAACCUUACACCAUUACUAAAUCCAGAGAAAGCUGGACUGAACCUGAACAUGAUAAGUUCCUUGAAGCACUUCAGCUCUUUGAUCGUGAUUGGAAGAAAAUUGAAGCUUUCAUUGGCUCAAAAUCUGUCAUCCAGAUCCGUAGUCAUGCACAGAAGUACUUUUUGAAGGUUCAAAAAAGUGGUACUAAUGAACAUCUUCCUCCUCCUCGUCCAAAAAGGAAAGCUGCUCAUCCAUAUCCGCAGAAGGCUCCAAAGAAUGCUCCGGUGCUCUCAAAUGUUACAACAUCAUUUCAAACCUCACCUGCUCUUAGUGACUCUGAAUUCAUACGGACCGAUUCUUCUGCAGUGGUGAAGAAUUCUGUAGAAAGCGAUAGUUUGUCCCAUGCAGAGAAAGAAGACCUUAUAUCUGGAGGUCAACCAAUGGCCGUUAACAGUUGCAGCAGUAAUGAAAGUGCUCCCAAAACACAACCAAUUAGUGAAGUACAUGAUCAAAGGGGUUAUGGGCUUCCGCCAAGAGUACUGCCUGACUUUGCUCAAGUAUAUGGGUUCAUUGGAAGCGUGUUUGAUCCAAACAUUGAUGGCCAUGUGCAGAAACUUAAAAAGAUGGACCCCAUUGAUGUUGAAACAGUAUUGCUGCUAAUGAGAAACCUCUCUAUCAACUUGAAUAGUCCUGAUUUUGAGGGCCACAGGAAAUUGCUAUCAACGUAUGAGAUUGAUAUGGACAAAGAAAAUUCUGUUGAUGCUGUGGACAUCCUUCUCAACUGCCAACCUGAGCAAGUUGGUCAUUUUGGGACUUGAUUACGUGCGAGACCCUGCAGCUACGCAGUUUAACAUUUGUUGUUUCACAAGUAAGCAUCCCUGCUUCUGCCAUGAGAAAUCUGGUCUGUGCAGCUUGUCUAAUUGAGCUCCAACGAUGUGUAAAUAUGCCAACUGUAUUGGGUUGGGGGAGAUGCUGAAGAAAUGAACAAAUCGUGUUACGGAAAUGUAAAAAUGUAAAGCUUGAUUUAUAUAUUGUUAUAUUCAAGUUUUGACAUUUUCUUCACAAUCUAGUUAUUUUGCAUCUACUAGUUUGUGUAUCAAUGUCUGUUACUAUCGCCAUUAUAUUUCUGUCUAAUAAAGCAUAUAUUAAUGGCAUUAUAAAGUUUCCCGGCGUA